CACAUGUAUCCGUUGACACCAUUCCUUGGCUGUCCUGAUGCCACUGGGUUAGCAUCGCAGCCAGGGAUUUAAUGUUUUCUGGACAUUCUACUGAUAGUAGACCAGGAUGGACUGUGCUUAUUAGUGAUUCUGCCGCUUCUCCAAGGUGUGGUAGAUGGGAGAUGUUUAAGUCUUUCGGUGUCUUGCCUUUCGCUCGCUCAUUGUGCGCAUCCAUUGGAAGCGCACAGGCAUUGGUGGUUAGAAUGUUCUAUGCCGUGAAGACAGGACGGAAGCCAGGAUUAUACAACACAUGGGAUGAAUGCAAGGAACAAGUGGAUCGUUUUGCAGGUGCCAGGUACAAGAAGUUUGCCUCCGAGGAAGAAGCCUUGAAGUUUAUAGGCGAAACUGAAGGAGCUCCCUCAAAAAGUUCAGAAAGUAGUGACACACCGAUUCCUUCCACAAGCAAAGAAAAGCAGUGCCAUGUAAAGCCUUCAUUCUGUGCCAAAAGGCCUCUUCAACCUUCAAGUUCUACUAAGAACCCGCCUUCACCUAAAAGAACCAAAAUGAUAGAGAUUAGUUCCUUACCGCCAUUGUUUGGACAGUCAUUUUCUCAAAUGGGAGAUGCCACUGUGGUUUACACUGAUGGUUGCUGCUCACGAAAUGGGAAAUUAAGAUCACGAGCUGGAAUUGGUGUUUACUGGGGACCGAACCACCCUCUGAACGUGGCAGAAAGACUCAUGGGAAGACAGACUAAUCAGCGAGCCGAGAUUCAGGCAGCAUGCAAAGCUGUAGAACAGGCGAAGAGCCAGAAUAUCAAAAAGCUUGUGGUGUACACAGACAGUAUGUUUACAAUAAAUGGGAUCACUAAAUGGAUACAUGCAUGGAAAAAGAAUAACUGGAAGCUAAGCACUGGUUCAGAUGUCAUAAACAGAGAGGACUUUGAAAAACUGGAUAAGCUUAUAAAAGGCAUUGAUGUCAAAUGGAUCCACAUCCCAGGACAUGCCGGCUUUGGAGGAAAUGAAGCUGCUGAUAGACUUGCUAGAGAAGGCGCUCAGAAACCUGACACAAGUUCAGUUUAGAACGUAUUCUUUUUUUAAUAAAGCUUAAAUAAGCUUUGCUUGAAAGACUAAAUCGAUGGAAGUUUAGUAAUAAGAACUUAUUUUUUUUUUACCACACGUCUGAAUUAGGAAUGGCCCCUAAUGUUUUCCCAGACACCAUGAACACGUAUGCCUUCCUGAAAUGUACAGUCAUCUCUCAUUGCUGACAUUGAGAGAAAUGACAGAUGUAAUAUGACUGGUUUGUUUCACAGUCCUCUUUACUUUGUGGGUGCCAAAGGUUAAUGUUACCUUUUAUUUAUAUUUAUUUAUACAGGAAAAUUAGAACAAAAAACAUGGGCUGCCAUGACUGACCUCCUUCUGAAAAUGUUAGUUAUCUGGCUGCCUGUAGUUGCAUUAUUGACUUAAUUCACUUACCUGUAGCAAGUAUGCAGAUCUGGAGUUCUGACUUCACUUGCCGUAAUCCUGUUUAAGGUCUGUUAGAUGGAUAAUAUCCAAGUCGGGGAACUGUGCGGGCAAAUAGAAUUUUCAGGAGGUCCAAAGUCGCAGCCACCACUUUUUUUUUUUUUUUUCUGUCCAGGUUUCCUUUAAUGUA